AUGACGCGAGAAGGAAAACUGUUAAGCUUUAUCACAAGACUGCCUCCAACCGUCAACCCAUAUGUUGCGACAGCCAACAAGCUGGAGGAGAUGAUACAUUCUCCCCAGAGUCCGCUAUGGUCACGCCGCUUGAGAGUUGUUGUCUUGGUGCUAUAUUGCAUCAUUUUCACCCAAGCUCUGUAUCUCUUAUACCAACGGUCUAGAAUUCACCAGUCCGUAAAACCGAAGUAUAACAGAGUGGGACUUUUCAUUAUCAACAUAUCCGACACUUCAGCACUGGCAUAUUUCUUCUAUGCGCCAUUGACAAUAUACGUCGUCGCGGUGAACAUUGCGAGAGAUAGAGGGUACACGAUCGACGAACCCACAAUGAUAUGUGUCUUUGGCCACAAAUUUAUUGCGAUUGUUCUAGGGUCUUGGGGUACGCACACUCAAUGCGCUCAGAUAUUUUGGAAUUCGGAUAUGGCUUCCAACAUGGACAGAGAGAAGUUGAAAACCGCAAUCCAGUGGGGCGUGACCAGUUUCUUUGUGAUAUGCGCAUUCGGACCAAUCCCUUUUCUAUCUUACCUAUACAUCCGAGCCUACCGAGAAUUGCACGAAAUUGGAACGAUUAUCCAUGGAGUCGCAUCGAGUCUACGAGGGGAGAGUGGGACUUACGAUCCUGCCACUUUCAACGUUUUGAACCUUUUGACCCUCCUAAUACCAGCAAGGAGAGCGUCGUAUCUUCAACAUCAACUUGAGAUAACUAUCACAACCUCCACUAGCAUCUAUUGCGUUAUCAUCCUUUUACUUAUUUUCAUCUACAUACCACUGCUCACAAUAUCGUUCAGAUCUUUGUACAACCAAUCAGUAUCUCAAUCCAAGAUUGACGCAGUAGUGGGCUCGUCUGGGGUACGCACGCCAUCUCGCAUUGGUAGGAAAAUUCACCGCGAACGGCAGAGGUUGGUCUAUCACGCGCUCUGCGUGUUUUUCAGUACCGCGGUGCACUUACCACCGACAGUAUGGAAGGUUUUCAACAGCAAAGGCGACUUCCUGCACGAUGUUACAUUCAAAGAAGUAAUUCACCAAGGUAUGGUGGCACCAUUGGCGUUCUCUGGGAAUUUGAAGAUGAGAAUGGCACAGCUACAACCAACGAUCGGCUCGAGUGAAGGAUCAGGCACUCCGGCCAGAAAAACAGGCAUUAGGUCGUUAUUCCUCACUCAGCCCGACGAUGAAGAAGUCUCGCUUGAAAAUGCGGUGGACUCUACGGACGCCGGUAGUCAACUGGGUUUGUUCAAUCGUGACUAA